AUGGGUAUAAAUUAUCCACACCCUGUCUUUUCUUUUGUUAUUGAGGUUACUUUUACUGUUAGACGCGAUAACGAUAAACAUAAUAUUAGAGACAUGGCUUACGAUACAGAAUAUCAUCCACUCAUUGCUGAUGUUGCACCAAAAGAUAAAGUAAAGUAUCAAAUUAAUUAA